GCAGACAGGACCGUACUGACAACUUUUUAAUAAACAUUUGAUGAUUUUUUUUGUUUGGUUACGUAAACUUAAGAGCAUAAAUAAUUAUUUCAAGAAUGAGCAAAAUAAUUACAGUUUUAUCAAAAAUACCAAAUUUAAAAAAUGAGCUGGGACGUAUUUUACCAAAUUUAAAGUUUGUGCAAAUCGAUAAUGGGAGUGCACGAGAUGAGGAUUUAUUAUUAAGUUCAGAAAUAAUUGUGGCUGACGCUGAUUUAUUUGUACCGUAUUUGUAUCAAACAAAAAGUGUGAAAUGGGUGCAAAUGACAUGGGCAGGAUUAGAUGUUAUUUAUAAGCAUGAAAGUUAUAAGGGUGGUGAUUUACCAUAUUUGGUUACAAGAUUUUCUGGCGAACAUUUUGGACGGAUUAUGUCCGAAUAUGUGAUUGCAUCUAUUGUUAACCAUGAACGUUCUAUGUUCCAAGUUAAAUUAAAUCAAACAAAGCAUUGUUGGAAUAAAAGUGGUUCUAUACAAAAUUAUAGAAUUAUAUCAGAUUUAACAUUCGGCAUUUUAGGUUUAGGACAAAUUAGUUCUCUUGUGGCGCAAAAUUUAAAUUUAUUGGGUGGAAAUUUAAUUUGCUUAGGAAGAUCAAAUCGGAAUUCGUUUCCAUCAUUUAUAAAUAAAUAUUACACAACAGAAAACUUAAAUGAAUUUUUAAGUAAUUGUGAUUACGUUAUCAAUGUAUUACCAUCCACUAAGGAAACAAUUGGUUUGUUAAAUAAUGAUGUAUUGAAACAUUGUGCAAAAAGAAGUGCAGUAUUUAUUAAUAUAGGAAGAGGAUCAAUAAUUGCUGAAAACGAUUUAAUAAAUGCACUAAAUAAUAAAUGGAUAUCAGGGGCGAUACUGGAUGUCUUUGAACUUGAACCACUUCCAAAAGAAAGUCCUUUAUGGGAUAUGCCACAAGUACUUAUAACACCUCAUGUGUCAGGAACAAGUCGUGCAAAAGACAUUGCGGAACAAUUUGCAAAAAAUUAUGAACUAUACUGUUCUGAAUCGAAAAUUCCAACAACUGUUGAUUUUUCUACUGGUUAUUAAUUAAAAUAAUGAUAUGACUGGGAUUAGUAUUGUUUCAGGGUAAUUUUUAAAAACACAUAUA